GACACUUGUCGAAAGCCAUUUGGAAAGCCUAAACUAUGCAUAAAUCUGCCGAGUGAAUGUUUUCUUUCAUUCACUUGCUCCUAUUAUUUGAUUUCUUGUAGGCCUCUGCGACAGAAAUGGAGAAAAUAAGGGUACGAAAUUCCUGGGUGCCAACUUGCCUAUGGCAACCUAGAAUUCUCCAGGGCAGGCUCGCAAAAUCUUCACCUACCCUCUGGGACAGUACUUUGCAAGAACAGAAGGGGGAAUUACGGAAGCGCCUAUCCUACACUACCCACAAACUGGAAAUGCUUGAAACAGAAUUUGAUUCUACACGCCAAUAUCUUGAAAUUGAACUGAGACGUGCUCAGGAAGAACUUGAAAAAGUAACCGAAAAAUUGAGAAGGCAGGUGAUUUCUCCUCCGAAGACUUAUCAUGUGGGAAGCCCAAAAUACGUUACAAGGAUACAAAAUAAUUACCUAGCCUUACAAAGAAUUAAUCAGGACUUGGAAGAUAAACUUUACAGGAUGGGUCAACAUUACGAAGAGGAAAAAAGGGCUUUAAGCCACGAAAUAAUAGCGCUCAAUAAUCAUUUAAUAGAAGCCAAGGUGACAAUAGAUAAGUUAUCAGAAGAUAAUGAGCUCUAUAGAAAGGACUGCAAUUUAGCUGCUCAGCUGCUCCAGUGCAGCAAGAAUUACGACAGGGCACAUAAGCUUUCUGAGCUGCCAUCUGACUUUCAGGAGAGAGUCAGCCUCCAUCUGGAAAAGCACGGAUGCAGCCUUUCUGUACCCUUGUGUCACACAUCAUUUGCUGAUAACAUACCAACGUGCGUCAUCGCUAAGGUACUGGAGAAACCAGACCCAAACAGCUUGUCUUCACAUUUGUCAAGUACAUCUGCGAGGGAUCACUCUUUUCAAGACUCUGGUGGGAAACUUAGCCAAAGGCCCCAAUACAAGUCUGACAUCUACUGCAGUGACACCGCCCUUUAUUGCCCUGAGGAGAGGAGGAGGGAGAGGAGACAAAGUGUUGAUAUGCAAGUGAAAGAUGUGGGGUUUUUGAGGUCUCAGAACUCUACUGACAGCACUGUAGAAGAAGAUGGCUUCCAUUCUAGCUUCUCUCAUGAAGCCUUCCCGGAAUAUGUUGCCUCUUUACCAACCUCGAGCUCCUACUCCAGUUUCAGUGUUACCUCUGAGGAAAAAGAGAAUGCCCAGGCCAGCACUCUGACAGCCUCCCAGCAAGCAAUCUACCUGGGAAGCAGAGAUGAAAUGUUUGAAAGAAAGUCAUGUUCUAGUUAUGAACAUCAGGGAAGUCCUAGGUUUGCCAAGUCAAAGUCCGUACAGCAAAUGGAACUUGCUGAUAACAAUGAGAACUCUCCCACUUUUACUAGGACUCUGCCACCUUAUGCUAAUGAGCCUUUUCAUUUCUCAGCCAUAACGACGCAACAGGCAUUGGCAACUCAGAAAAUGCGUAACAACUGCAUGAGCACCCAUCUUUCAGAAGAAGACUUACCCGGGAGGUGGAGGCAGCUGAGCGUAGAGGACAUUGGUGCAUAUUCUUACAGGAACGCUGGCAGACUAUCACCCUGUAGCUUUUCAGAGCAGUACUACAGCAGCCCUAUAAAAAAAGCAGAAAGCCGAACAAGCCCCAUCUAUGCUGGUUACAAAGGAGAUAGCUUCUCAGAGGGAGAAGAUAUCUGUCAAAAUAGACUUGUGGAUUCUUGCUUCCUCAGAACAGACAGUGGCCUAAACAUUGACAUCAGCACUAGUUGUAAACAGGAUAAGUUGCCCUCUUACAAAACAAAAGAACCAAGAGACCAAAAAAAUGACAGGAUCACAAUGCAGUUGUGCAGUAGCAAAAAUAUCGAGAGUAGCCCAGUGUUGAAAAGAGAAUACGUUGAUGUAAGCCCAAACAGCUCAGCAGAAUCCCUCAAUCAGAGUUCAAUGGAGGCUUCAGAGAUCCAUCAGUCUUCCAUGGAGCAAGGAAGCCAUUCAAGCCUUCACAGCAAACAACAGCAGUUUCAACGGACUGGGAGCACUGGUUUGAGUCGGAAAGACAGUCUUACAAAAGCACAAUUAUAUGGAACCCUUCUAAAUUAAAUAGCUUCCAAAACUGCAAUAAGAAAAAACAAACAACAUUUGAUAUUUCUUUUGAACGACAGGGUUCUAAGAAACAGGAUUAUUAUAAAUUAUAUAUUCAUAAUGGUACUGUAUGUUUAAAACAACAAUCUGUACAAAAGCAUUACACAGCACUUUUCACACAACAUCCUUUCCAUCUGGAAGACCACCCUUUCUCCCCUUUUAUAAACCUGAAAUAUUUUUAUAAACAAAAUGGUAUUUAUUAGAUUAUCCUUAAUCUAAGCUAUUUGAGCAGCAACCUUUUUCCUUCAAGUAGGUUUCUUAUUUAUUUUUGUGCAUGAGGCCAUCAGUGCCUGUACUCUUGGAGGAAGAGGGUAAAAUCAUCAUUGUGAUGACAAAAAUCAAAUCCAUUCGAUAAGAUACCAUCAACUCUGUGUUAUGUGAAGCUGAAAUGUAUGAGAAUGGUGAAUUUAAAGAAGUAUAUUUUUAAAUGAGAACAGAAAUGAACCCUAAGUUCUUUCAUACAAAUGUAUUUGAGUGAAAAAUGUACACACAAAGUAAUACAAAUAUUUUGUUCUUUUAUU